CGGCUCCCGCCAUGGCCGUUCGAACGGCCGGAAGUGGCGUCAUCGCCCCGUGCCGCGCACCAGGGUAGACGGGGGGGGGUGUGGGUGGCUCGGCCGCCAUGUUGGGUGUGGCCGCGCGGCAGAGCCGGACAGCACUUCCGGCGCGGUGACGCCGUCAGGGAGCGACGCACCCGGAAGCGCCAGCGGGGCAGCGCGUCGCCAUAGGAACGUCCCCCCGGGACCCCCCCAUUUCCAGCCCCUCCAGGCUGCCAUGGGGCUGUGCAAGUGCCCGAAGCGCAGGGUCACCACGCUCUUCUGCUUCGAGCACCGCGUCAACGUCUGCGAGAGCUGCCUGGUCAGCGCCCACCCCAAGUGCAUCGUGCGCUCGUACCUGCAGUGGCUGCAGGACAGCGAUUACAGCCCGCAGUGCCCGCUGUGCCAGGCGCCGCUGGGCGAGCGCGACACCGUGCGCCUGGUCUGCUACGACGUGUUCCACUGGCCGUGCCUGGCCGGGUGGGCUCGGGCGCUGCCCCCCCGCACGGCCCCCGCCGGGCACCGCUGCCCCCAGUGCGGGGGGCCGCUCUUCCCCCCCCCCAACCUGCAGGGCCCCGUGGCCGAGGCGCUGAGGGCGCGGCUCCGGACGGCAGCCUGGGCCCGGCCCGGCCUGGGGCUGCCCCUGAUCGAAGACUCGGAGGCGUCACCAGAACCUGAGACCUGCCCAGAGCCCGACGGGAGCUGGGACGCCCCCGUGACCCCCCCGGAGCCCCCCCCGAGCCCCCCCACCCCCCACGCCGUCGUCCACAUGGGGGGAGGGGAGACCCCGACGCUGCACGCGGGCUCUGCCCCCCGAAAGCCCCUGGGGGGCCGCGAGCCCUGGAGCCCCCCCGACGGCGAGGAGGACAAGAAAUACCGGAGGAGACCCCGGGCGUGGCUGCCCCCGGGGCUGAGGUGCCGCGUGCGCGGGGCCCCGCGGCGCCCCCUGCUGGCGCUGUGCCUGGGCGGGGCCGCGGCCUUCGCGCUGCUCCUGCUCCUAUUGGGCAGCCUGGGCAGGGGCGGGGCCGACUCCGACCCCGCCCUCGAGCCGCUCAACAACCCCCACGUGCGGGUGGGGCACUGACCACGCCCCCAGGGGCGGGGCUUCCGAGGGCGUGGCAAAUAAAGAGCACCCCCUUGUGGGGAGGGAGGCAGAA